CCAAGGAAGAGAAGCCACGGCUGAAAAGUAUUAUUGAGUCAUUUAACAUUUCUUGCUUCUGUACUUGUUCGGCCAAGCCUGGCUUGCUUGGACACUGGUUGCUGAAGCUGAAUAGAACAAGUGAUUGAGUCAGCAGGCAAUCAACAAUUGUCUGUCAAAUGGGUUGGCUCAGGAGAAUGCUGAAAGGUUCUGCUUCCAACUCCAGGAUACCAUCGGACUACAACGAGGAUCGCUACUGGGACGAGCCUCGUGAUUCGUCGGAUGAAGUAUUGGACAGUGAGAGAGAAGAAACACAUUAUGCAAGUACUCAUUCUUCAGCUGAUGAAAAUGAAUCAGAGGAAGACCAACAAUCUGAUGCUAGCCAAUCAGAGACUGGUGAUGGACAAUAUUACGAAGCCAGCCACUUGGAGGAGGAAGAUCAGAGACUUGCCGAGGCUCUCCAACAAAGUUUAGUUUUCAAUUCAAAUCCUCUGUGCGAACUCGAGAGCAUAUUUCCCCCUUUUCCAUUCUCUUUUCAUUCUAUGGACAGGUCACGCAAUAAGGAGCGUCAUCGACCAAUAUGUUAUGUUUGCAAGAACCUGAUCCCAGUAGAUUCUUCCGGAAAUUUUCAAUAUAGGUUCAAUCGUUUCUGGCGACAGAAGUAUUGUCCCUCACAUUCACGUGACGGAACUCAUCGUUGUUGCAGUUGUAGGAGGUUGGAGCCGAGGGACACAACAUUUUCUUCCCUAACUGAUGGUCGGAAGCUGUGUCUGGAUUGCCUUGACUCCUCGAUUAUGAAUACGGAUCAAUGUCAACCCUUGUACCACGAAGUUUGUAAGUUUUACGAGAACUUAAACAUGAAGGUGCAUCAGACAAUUCCGCUAUACUUGGUCGAGAGACAAGUCCUCAAUGAAGUUGAAAAAAGUGAAAGCAAGGGACAUCGUCUGUUCAGUGAGAUACGAGGAGUCACCAUGACAAAGGGAUGCAGCAUCGAUGCCAUUGUAGAGCAAUCGAGGAUCAGGGACGGCAACAAGACUAAAAUAAAAUCUAAGCGAUACAAACUGGUCGCUUACUCGGAGGUCAUAGCGACCAUCAUUUUGUAUGGUUUCCCAAGGUUGCUAACCGGGAGGAUCCUCGCUCAUGAAAUGAUGCAUGCGUGGCUGCGACUCGAAGGUUAUCCAUUUAUAAGCCCAGAGGUGGAAGAAGGCCUUUGUGAAGUCAUGGCUCAUAUGUGGUUGGAGUCUCAAAUCUCAUCCUUGUCUACAAGUCAUAAUCACUUCGAGAACAGGCUUGCUGAGUAUCUCAAGCACGAUACCGAGUCACGAACAUCACAUCCUUACGGAACUGGAUUUCAACGGGCAAAGAGGGUGAUCGGCAUGUACGGCCUCAAAGGAACAAUCGAUUACAUCCGUAUGACGGAUACAUUUCCUGGUUGAGUUGUUCUGAAGCGGGUCUCUCCUGCUAUAGGAACACAGUAUAAGGCAGUGGUUCUUUGAAUUCAGGAGUACGUUCGACAUGUGAAGAUUAUUGAAGGAAAUGUUUAGCAAGUUUAUACGUAUCAUCUGCUUAAAGUGCAUCCACUUUAAGCAUUGUUUUAGCUAGUAUGUCAAUUCUACCGUUCCAUAGGGAAAAUAUGAGAACACUGUA